CAAGCGGCGAGUAGCCUGCUUUUCUCCGGAUGGCCCUUUCCUAGUCAUCCUAGAAUCUUGGCAAAUGGGCAGAUUGAUCAACGAAAAUCGGGAGGGAACGAUACGGGUCCGAUGCAGCUGGGGCGCGUGGUGUGUUCUAGUCGACAUGGGGAUGUUCGCGAGGUGGUACUGAACGAACUGAACGAUGAUGAUACGAGGCUUGGGCGCAGCGGAUAUAAUAGCGCGAAAAAAACUGACGUUCGAUAAUACGCGCGACAGGGGUUCGUUGAACCCUUUCGUGAAUCUGGGCAGCCGUCGCGGUUGAUUCGAACGCCUCGUCCCCAGGAUGAUGCGCGUUGAGUGAUGAAUUAGAAUUCUGCGUUAUCUCUGUGAACGUGGAAUUAUUUCGAGAUAUUAUUAAGGGGACCUUCGUCUCGAGUACCUCGGUUUUCAGUGGAAAAUACUCUUAGAUCUCGUGUCGCUAUCAGUGCAGCUGGAUGCAGCGUCGGGGAAGAUCGUGAGAAAGAUGCAUGAGACUUUUGUGUGGUGCAGCGUGUGCUUCAGCAGUCUUUAAUCGUCCGAUUGCAUGUGGGUCACGAGUUGCGUUUGCCACGGCUAACGAGAUAGAAGAUUUACCGAGGCAAGAGGGAGAAAAUGUGGAGCUCGGUUACCGCAGCCGGCACCGAAAAUGGACCGGCACCACCUUCGAGGAGCAAACAUAGCGCUACCUUACUUGCAGGUCACGUGUAUCUUCUCGGAGGUAGAAAUGGAAAUCUGCCGCUCAAAGAUCUCUGGCGAUACAGCCUUGCGGAGAGCAAGUGGGAGGAACUGUAUCCAGGGGGUGAGAGACCGCCGGCUCUUCAGGAACACAGCGCGGUCGCUUACAAGGAUUGCCUCUACGUUUUCGGGGGUGAACUGGGCUUCUCCGCCGGAACGGAAACCCCCCUCUGGGUUUACAACGUCAAGACGAAUGUAUGGAGAAAAGUGAGAGCUCAACGGGGUUGCGCGGUUCCUAGAGGCCGAAGAGGUCACACAGCCUUGGUACAUCGCGGACAGAUGCUCAUAUACGGCGGUUACCAAGAUUUACGCGGCAGCUCCUCCGAAUUGUGGGCCUUCCAUUUCGAGACGGAAUCUUGGCAUUUGCUCUCGUCGAGCGAGAGCGGGCCGGCAGCGAGGCACAAGCACUCGGCGGUUUUGCACGGUGACGCGAUGUAUAUUUAUGGCGGAAUGACGGAUCUCCAAGAGAGGAACGAUUGCUGGCGAUGGGACGUCAACAGCGCCUCGUGGUCCAUGCUGAAGAACAAACCAGGCCCUGGACCUCUUCAUGGCCACGCGGCUUGCAGACUGCCAAGUUGCAUGCUGAUCUUUGGGGGUGAAAGUGGCGGUUUGGCGACGAACGAGCUUUGGAGAUUCCAUUUUGGCACAGAAACCUGGGAAAAGUUGUCAGUGCCAGGACCGAAACCGCAGCCGAGGGCGGAAAGCGUCGCCCUCGCGGUGUCCGAACUAUUGAUUCGCGGAACAAGCAUGGACAAUUCAAAACCGAGGCCGAGGAAUCAAAGACCCAGGCUAUCGAGCAACAGAAUGUCGCCGAACGAGAUCCCCUCCGCUCGCCAGAGCUUUCUCAAGGAAAUUUCCAAAUUAUCGCAAAUAAAUCUAUCGCGACUCAGUCAUCCGACGAAAUGUAGUUACACGGUUCUCAGUGGACACGAUGAUAACGAGGAGAGCCCUCAAGAGGCAAACACGUACUAUCCUUUUCAGCAAGUGGACAUCGAAGUCGUGGAGCCUUCCACGGGGAUGGUAAAGUCACGCAGUGCCAAUACUCUGGCUCGUCGAAGGCAAAAAGUAUCGGAGGGAACGACAAGAACGGUUGACGUCAGCAAUGUCAAUAAUACUAGCGGUUCUGGUAUGACCAGAGAUCCUAUUUCGGUGCCAAAUUUUCGUGCUUUGACGUUACCAACGCCGGUUCUCACUCCUGUAGAGGCCGCCAGAUUAGUCUUCGUAGAUCCGGAUGAGAACAGCGACAACGAGGAGCGCAAGGAACCGCCUACCUCGAGACUCAUCGAGGUUCAAGAAGAGAGGCGAGACUUCGCGGCCGUGCACCAAGCUUGCCAGCCCACCCGCGGCGACAGCUACAGUUCGCACCUUUACGAAGCCGCUCUGCAAACGCCGAAGACUCCGACGACGACGAAGAUCCCGACGUCGGCGUCCGUCAGAUUCGCCGAUCUCGAGGAGGGCGAGGAAUCGACGUCGGAUUACGCGAGUAUCGAGGCGAGGAGCCCGGGAGAUCCGCUCGCGGACGACGACUGGCUGUCAGGAAAGAGAUCCAAGCCGCACAGGCCGAUCGUCGCCUCGUCGACGAUACGAGAGGGUCAGUUCGGUUUCUGUAACCCGAAUUACCUCGGCCUGGACGAGACGAGGAAUCAUUAUCAUCAUCAUCACCAUCAUCACCACCAGCAGCAACAGCAGCAGCAGCAGCAGCAGCAGCAACAACAAGAUGGAAAAUACGCCAAGUUGCUCAACAGUCCCCCCGACAGCGUAUUGGAAGACGAGCCUGGCAGGUCGGCUUCGCAGACCUUCGCGGAACUCUUGGAGCUUCAGGAGAUCAGAAGGGUGCCGCGGGCGCCACCGAAGAGCCUGCCGUUAAGUUCGCCAUCGAGAAGAGCGGUGAGUGCGUCGAGGGCCGAGAGGCAAAGAGCGAAGGUGGCGGCGGUGGACGCGACUGACGCGAAGACCCCUUCCUACGGGCCGGCGCCCUUGUACGUUUUUUUAGUCGGCGGCAAAGAAAAGGGUCAAGUCACGGUGUUCGCCAGACCGGUCUCCCUCUGGAAGCUACAGUUGGCGCCGCAUAUCUUCUAAGGAUGAUUGAUAGUCCUCUUUAGUUGAGUCAUUCGCGCAGCGUUAAUGAUAAGAAGAAGCCGGAUGCGAGGGGAGAGAUCUAGGUGAUGAUUAAGGCAAGCGUUACGGGCAGUCCAAUUUUCGUUGACGUAGCGUUUCAUGGAGGAAUUUUUUCUUUUUUUUUUUUUCGAUCGUGUAAAAUCGGGUCGCUCGACGAGAUCGAUUUUUCGAAUGUUUAUUCUCUCAUUAAUUUGAUUAUUAAGGUUAAUUUUAUACGUGCGUUUUUUGUUACGAAGCAAAUACGUUUUUUGUAUAUAAUUGGUUGAGAUUGUUGACUCUUUUUUUCGUUCGUUAAAGUUUACUUGCUAUUUAUAUUCACAUCCUUGCGAAAAUAGGGAAGUUUGACGUAAAAGAUGAAUAGUGUUUCUGGAAAAUACCGUAUAUGUGUUAAAGCGCAAUUAAAAAUACAUAUAAAAAUAAGCUUUAUCGUGCAGAAAGUAAAGAAACCUAUCGUAAAAGGAUUUGUAAUCCAUGGGGGUUGAGAAUUAGAGAAAUGUUCAUUUUUUUAUUUAAUAAUGCGUCGAAAUAGAUAGACUAAUAUUAGAU